CAAGGGGGAGCCGCAGAGGACAAGGCACAGACUGCCAGAGCUGCUAUGAGUGCCGUGAGGUUGCUGCUGCACAGAGCAGCCGGGCGCACGCCCCCCGGGGCCCAGUACUGCCGUGAGGCUGGGGGCGGCUCCGUGCAGGUUUUGAUCCCUCUGGAGAGGCCGGGGGGGCCCAGGGGGGCCCAGGGCCGAGCCACUGCCAUCGCCUGUGGCCUGCUGGGGGCACUGCUGUUCUUCGUGCUGGGCUGUGUGCUGGGGGCGAUGGGGCGGCGGGGGGCACCCCAGGGCUGCAGCGGGCCCCAGACCGAGCUGCUGGCAGCUGGAGGCAAUGAGGAGGGGGUGGUGCUGCGCCCUCCAGGGGAACCCCCCCUCUACUGGGCCGACCUACGGGGCCUGCUGCAACGUGAGCUGAGCCCCCAGCGCCUCAAUGCCCGUGUCAGGAGAGCCAGCGAGGGCCCCCACCCCCCCGGCUCAGCCCAGGCACAGGCACUGGCUCAGUGGGUCCUGGCCGAGCUCGGGGCCUGCGGGCUGGACCGGGCUUGGACCGACAGCCACUACGUGGGGCUGCCACGCCCUCACAGGCUUCAUCCCAACAUGCUGCUGCGCCUGGACCCAUGGGGGGGCAUCCUGGAGCAGCUCCCCCUGGAGGACCCUGAGGCCUACUGCCCCUACAGCGCACCUGGCAAUGCCACGGGGAGGCUGGUCUAUGCCCACUAUGGGCGGCCCGAGGACCUGGCGGCACUGAGGACAGCGGGGGCUGAUCCCUAUGGGCACCUCGUCCUCGUGCGCGUGGGGGAGAUCAGCUUCGCCGAGAAGGUGGCCAAUGCGGAGGCAGCUGGGGCACGGGGGGUGCUGAUCUACCCUGACCCAGCGGACAUCCCCCAGGAUCCCCCCAGCCUGGGGCUGCCCCCGGACACCGCCGUCUACGGCCACGUGCACCUUGGCUCCGGGGACCCUUACAGCCCCGGGUUCCCGUCCUUCAACCAGACUCAGUUCCCCCCGCUCCGGUCCUUGGGGCUGCCCCAAAUCCCAGCCCAGCCCAUCAGUGCUGCCACCGCUGCCCGCUUGCUCCGGACACUGACAGGCCCUGAGGCCCCCCGGGGGUGGUGGGGACGCCUGCCAGCUGUGCCCUACCACCUUGGCCUGGGGGACCCAGGUGUCCAAGUGCAUCUGGACGUCCACAAUGUGAAGGUCACGACCCUUAUCAGCAAUGUCUUCGGCUGCCUGCAGGGGCGCCUGGAGCCCGACCACUAUGUCAUUGUGGGAGCUCAGCGGGACUCGCUAGGCCCCGGGGCUGCCCGGGCUGGUGUCGGAACUGCAGUGCUGCUGGAGCUCACCCAGGCCCUGGCUGCCAUGGUCCGCCACGGCUUCCAGCUCCGCCGCAGCCUGCUUUUUGUGAGCUGGGAUGCCGGAGACUUUGGCAGCGUUGGCUCCACAGAGUGGUUGGAGGGGUAUUUCAGCGUCCUGCAUCUCAAAGCCGUCGCCUACAUCAGCCUGGACAACGCAGUGCUGGGUGAGGGGGGGGGGCCGGCACCUGGGUUCUCUGGAGAUGGGUGCUGGGGGUCCCGGAUGCCUGGAUUCUCUGGGAGGGGCCCAGCUCUGAGCCCCCGCAACCCCCCAGGAGAUGACAAGUUCAUUGCCAGAACCAGCCCUCUCCUGGUCAGCCUCAUUGAGAGCAUCAUCAAGCAGGUCGACAGCCCCAGCCGCAGCAGCCAGAGCAUCUACGAGCAGGUCACAGCUUCUGGGCGGCACUGGAUCAGUGAGGUGAUCCGGCCUCUGCCCAUGGAGAGCAGCGCCUAUGCCUUCACAGCCUUUGGGGGGGUCCCAGCUGUGGAGUUCUCCUUCGUCGAGGAGGCCCGCCCCUACCCCUUCCUAAGCACUCGGGCCGACACCUAUGCCCGGCUGGAGGCAGCACUGGGUGGGCGGCUGCCCGCUGUGGCCGAGGCUGUGGCCGAGGUCGUGGGGCAUCUCCUCAUCCGCCUCAGCCAUGACCGCAUCCUGCCCCUUGACUACAGCUGCUAUGGGGAUGUCCUGCUGCAGCACCUGGCACCGCUCGGGCGUCAUGAGGCCCAGCUGCAGGUGCGGGGGCUGACACUGGGCUGGUUGUACUCGGCCCGGGGGGACCUGGCCCGUGCUGGUGAGCAGCUGCGCCGGGACGUCCUGGGCUCUGACGAGGGCAAUGAGCGGCUCACGCGUGGCUUCAACCUGCGCAUUAUGAGGGUGGAAUUCUCCUUCCUGUCCCCCUACGUGGCCCCCACGGAGACCCCCUUCCGCCACGUGUUGUAUGGCCGUGGCCCCCACACGCUGCCCGCCCUGGUGGCCGCCCUGGCCCGGUUGCCCCCUGCCGGCACUCCUGCAGCCCCCAUGGACCGUGACGGAGACAGCGACAGGGAGCUGCGGCGCCGCCUGGCCCUGCUGACCUGGACCCUGCAGGCAGCUGCCAACGCCCUGGCUGGCAACCUCUGGGACAUGGGCAGUGGCUUCUGAGGGGCUCCAGCUUGGGGCCCACCUCGGAUCAGGCCCCUCUGCCCAGGAUUGGGCCCCUCCUGGAUCAGAGCCGCUUAGGAUCGGGCAUUUCCAGGAUCGGGGCCACCCAGAUUUGGGCCCCUCCACUCAGAAUUAGGCCUUUUUCGGGAUUGGGCUCCCCAGACAACUGGGUUCUCUGUCUCUGGAGUCAAUAAAGGGGGCUGAGGCCCCGUUUCUCCGUCCCUCUGUGAUGCUGGGGGGGGCCCGAUCCUGGGGCUUGGAGGGUGGCAGAACAUGAAUGACUCAUGCCCCCAGUGGCCGGGGGGGGCGUGGCGGUGGUGGUGGUGGCGGGAACGCGGUGACAGUAAGUGGGGGAGCUCCCAUAGCCGGCAGCAGCCGGCAGGGAUUGUGGAUCGCCUGCAGAUGAACCACCCACUACACGUCACCCGUGGGGCCAGAUGCUCUAGGACUAAGUGGGGGGGAGGCGGGCAGGACUCUAUGGUCUCAGGGAGGAAUGGCGGGGGGCCCUCUAGGCCUCUAUGGUCACUCGAGGAGGGCUGGGAGGCCACCAGGGCAGGACUCUAUAGUUAGGGGAGGGCACUGUAGGUUGGGAGAGGUCUUCCACACAGAGGGGAACUCUACAGUGAGGGGAGGCCAGUCUACUGGGGGGGGGCGCGGCUCCAUAGUAACACUCUAUGGAGGACACUCAAGGCAGGGGAGAUGUCUAUGGUGAUGCUCCUCUUUGGGAGCCAUGUUGGUUGACUCUGGUAAGAGGAGGGUGCUCUAGGCUUGGAGAUUGGGGGAGGAGGAGACAGAAUGUAUGGUCAAGCUGGGCACUCUAGGCCAGGGAGUGGCCUCUAUGGGGAGGGGAGAGCACUCUAGACAGGGUGGCUGACUAUGGUGUCUUGGUCCUCCAUGGACUGGGCGCUCUAGCCUUGGGAGGACUUUAUGGUUAGUGUCACAGUCUCUAUGGUGAGGGGAGGUGCUCUAGGCUGAGAGAGGUCUCUGUGGUUGGGAGAGCACCCCCCUCCCCCCACCCAUG